ACACAGAGUUCUUCCGAGACCGUUGAGAGAAGUUCACAGUCUGAUGAAAUUUGAAGAGAAAUGCAACGUACUGUUGCAUUUUUUGGAAGAGAACAUACUUGACAAGAAAGACUGCAGCAUGCGCUGGCGCUGGCGCUGCUGUAGCUUCUAUAAUUCCAUGCUGUUGAUAAUGUUCUGGAGUGGAGGCAGUAUGCAUAAGCUGCAGCAGGCAAAUGUGCUCGUGCUUCUCAUAUGAUGAAGUGUUCAACAUCUGACUUUCUCCCAAAGUACACAAGAAGAUCUGUCUGCGUGGAUUCUGUGUAGGAGAGAACGCUUCUGUGAGAACGCCUCUUCUUUUUGUUCUUGACAGUAGAGAUUAGAUUAAUGCAAAGAUACAGUACUAGAGAUUAGGGUCUCAGUCUCUCGGUUUUCUUUUGUUUCCUCUUCUAUGUGCUACAAUUGAUGGCAGACUGCUUAUCGUGCGAAUUCAAAUUCUAUUUCAAUUUCAUCUAUUUGAUCAUAGAAGGCAAGAAAGACAGCUUUCUUCAAUAAAAUGUCAGGGUGGAGGGAAACAAGACUUGUCUUGUUGGGAAUCUGUUUUCCCCGCACUCAUUUAUUUUCCCAACUCUUACCGUCACUUAGACAGACUAUUUCUUUCUGAUCGGCGGGCUAUUUUUACGCUAUCAGUUAGAUUCUCAAUAUUCCAAUAAUCUAAGUAGUAGUCAUUAUACUCGUCCUUUCUCAUACCGCGCUUGCGAUGUACGAAGAAGUACGUCAACACAUGAAAUUGAAGUUCUAGUUUGAUUAGUAUUCAUUGGUCUGCGGUCGUUAUAGAAGUUCGUAGUUUUCGUAGAGACAGAAAAUCCUUGACUUUGUCCAGCUACGAAUUGAUUUACAUAAUUUGUCAAGAAAUCAAGCCAUGCAUAUUAUUUACAUCAAAUAACAAUAGCUUAUCUUCAUCUCUUUGAUGUAGAAUUUAUCUUCAGUGGCAAAUAAAAUCAAUGACGGAAAAUAACGGUGGCUCCGUUCCGGAUAUUUUCGUCACGCUGUUAAACGCGUGCACAAUCAUUUUUCCUACGUUCCUCGCUUUUGCACCUGCAGUCUCGUUACUGAUCCCAGCUGCUUAUAGGAAGUGGCGUGUACGGAGGAACAAGCGACUUCUGAAGAAACAUUUGGUGCAUCUUCAGAAUGAGUCAGGAGAGGUUCAGCAUCGUCCUUUUGCAGGAGCUGAAGAAGAGGCAAGUAGAGGGCUUCCUCAGAAAGGCGAGAAUGGAGGAAAAGAGCAGAAGAUCGAUGUCGCGCCGUUCGUGGCACCGUUCCACAACGGCAACAACAUAGAACAAGAUCAUGUAGCAUCAUCCACUACAGAGCAGAACAAGAGGUCGUGGGGGACUUCUACCUCGCUCCAGUGGACAAUAAGCACUACUGCAUCUACUUCUUCCCUCGGAGGCAUAGGUAUUGGAGGUGCUCCACCUUCUUCAGGGAAAGUGAAUCUGACGAAUUUGUUGUUCUCGGAAAACGAGCUCCAAGGGAAAGCCCUGUCCUCCUGUCAGCAUCCGCAACCUCAGCAGACCUGCAUGGAAGACGGACAGUCGAUAACCACAACGACCUCAUCCUCGCACGCUACUAGCCGCUACCAGUUAGUGCUGUUGUCAUCCCCUUACUCACCAUCGAAUCGUAAAAGAGGUGAUCUUCACGAUGGGAACCUCCCUGGAGGUGACCUCUCGUCCUUCAAGAACAACCAUGAAGUGGCAACCAAUCAUGGCAAAAAUUUCUUCAAAGAGGACCUCCACAGCACCUUGACCUUACUAGAUCACAGGGACCACGAGAGCCUGCGUCGAAUGAGUAGUACUUCAACUUCCGCGAGCAAUCUACUAUUGGAAGACGUGGAGCUUGGCGUGUUGCGUACCCCACGACAAGAAUUAAGGGUUUCCGAAUUACAUCCCUCACUACCGUCCUUGGCUCCUUUUCAAGGGGGAAAUGGGUCAAGGAUGUUCUGAAGAAUGCAAUUCGGAAACCUCUAAAAGAAGGAGUUCUUGCUACCAAAUCUUCGACUUCCAAGCUGACCUCUUUUACGACGCAGAAGACUCGUGAAGACCACAACCAGAAAAACGAACACGACCAGGACGAAGAAGUCUUUACACCAAUCGAUCUCCCUCCUCUCCCAGUGACCUCGCAAAUUCCCUGUGUCGUCGUGUGGACUUUGUGGGCAUUGCUUACCGACAAUGUGCUCUACAUUGCGAUAUGUGCCAUUGUCCUCAGCGCUGGCAUCCUCAACGCGUCGCUAUACCCUUUGGUCUACGAUCGAGAACGGUAAUAUUGGACUUGCUUUUUUGGACUUGCUUUUUUGGAGCAACAGAAAUUCUUGACAAAUUAUAAUUUAGUAUAAAUCAAGGCAACAAGUUAAAGUCUCCUCACUCACAAACUUGAAAACAACUACAUAGAUACCGCACCCAAUUGUACGUCUUAUCCGCCUCAUCCCUGGUUACCAUGGUGCUCUGCAUAAUAUUCCUGCGCGAUGAUACGGCUGGCAGUGCUCUCUUUGCUGGGCUUUUGGGGAUACCCUAUUACACCAGUGCCGUCUUUGGCAUGUACACAGGCUGGAAUGAAGGGAAACCGGAUGCGUUAGUUAUGGAAACGAGUCAAAGCAUAGUCAUUUAAUAUAGUCGUAAAUUUUCGUCAUCCAGUGAGGGUCGCAUUGACCUAUCUUCGUGAAUGUCUGUUUAACUGUGAUGUACUCGACUCUCCUGAAGGUUUCAGGGAGAUGAAACCACAGGGAGACACUAUCUCUCGUGCUGCUACUCCGGGAAAUUUUAGGCAGAUUGCCGAGUAGAUUCGCAUCGUCGUCAUCUCUCACAUUGCUCAGUGACCUAGAAAGAUAACCUAGAUAGAAACGAUUUCCUAGAGAUCUAACCUGGUCUAAGCUGAAGCGGCAGUUAUCUGACCUUUCUAUAGUCCCAGAUCGUAGUCUAGCUCUAUAACCUGAGAAUUUUCUAUUCUAAUAGAGUAGUCCUCUCCCUAAACAUACAACAUGUUUGUUCUAUAGCCUCACACCUUAAUAUACUUCAUCCUCUAAUUUGAGAAGCCUGACGAUGAAUUUCGCAGCCUUAUCUGCGAGUUCGAGCUGGAUGCUACAGGGCUAUUUCGUCGCGAAUCAGCCUGAAAUCUUCGUCGGUGGUCUCUGCUACGCGAUUGUUAACAGCUUAGCCAUACUGUUGAACAUCUACCUGCGCUUGCGAGCUGGCGUCGCUCUAUGUUAAGGCUACCGCUGCCUGGAGCAUGUCUCCUUAGUAUCACAUCACGAUCCUUGGUGGAUCAUCUUUUUCUGCGUGAAAAAGAAGCUGCGCCCAAGUAGAAGGAUCCUGCUCCCAAGAAAGGCGCGACUGCGGUAGCUCUAAAUACGUUGGUCAGUAGAUGACUCACGUAUUGCAAUCGAAGUGGUGCGAAGUCCGGUCCUUGUGAAGUUUGUAGAACUUGUUUGUGUGUGUAGGAAGAGAACGUCUUCUACGAGGUCCAUUUUUUGACGAGGGUCGGUACUUAGGGUGGUAACAAGGUCUGAUUUUUUGACGAUGCUGAUGAAUUUCUAAAGCUAAAGAACUUCUGUACGUGUUCAUGUACUACUUCUUAAGAAAUGAAGAUAACGAUGUGAAGAAAGAGAGACGCAUAAUAAUUACCGCGCAUUGUGAGUAGGAAACUGUACAAGACCGAUUCGCAAACUAAAUAACACUAGAAUGGGAGAAAAACAUGAAAACCUAAAGAAGGUUUUUGCAGCUAGUAUUGCCGAUAUUAAGACAUAUAGAGCAGCGACGACUUCUCAACAACGAGUAGCGCCACUGUAGAAAAAGCGGAUCACCCUCACAACUUCAACAUCAGCGAAAUCCGUAGAACGCGAAAGAAAUUCUGGGACGUCGUAGGUCCAAUCCGAACCGACUAACAUCAUCAUAGGCAUGAACUUCGUAGAGUGAACAGACCAUCACAUCAUCAAAGCGCGCAAAUGAAAUGAAUACGCAAAGGGUAGCCGCAGCUUUUUAGGGUAAGUAAACUGACUCCUCUACAAUUUUCAACGCAAACAUAGCCAGCCCACCUGUACAGACGAACAACGUUACUUCAAUAUUAUGGUUGUGAAUAGAAAAAAUGAAGAAGAAUCAUAAUGUAGCAAUACACUGUCGAUUUAGAUGACGAAUAGAAAAUUCACACAAGAGUUUUGAAUUUUUGACGGGAGAUGAAGUCCACUGCUAGGCACCUACUGUUGUAUCUACAUCGUGUAGUAGUAGAAGCAUCUUCCUGGUGUCUUGUAAAUGUGAUUAUGUGGAUUUUUGAUGAUGAAAAAUCUUGUCUACAUCUUGGUGCGCGUCCGGGAUCCAAGAUGGGUAGAUGUUGUGGUGAUUAUUAGGUUGAUAGAUUUUAAUAGGAUAUUGAUUCUUGGUUGUUGCUCUUGCUUGUGUUGUCGCUGUUGCUUCUGUUGUGAACAAGCUAAUUACAUUGGUAGCGACAUAGUCAAGCAUCCAUGGUAGAUCAAUCAGUCACGAACUGAAGCUACACACUCUCCGGCGGAGGAAAUCCCUCGCGUCCCCACUCCCGAGAUGGAGCCCUUUUUGGCUCUGCCUCUAAAAACUUUUCUUGUCAUUUUCCCAUCAAAUCCGAACACCCAAAAACUUGUAGGAAGUCGAGAUGCAAUGAGGAAGCAGUAACCUAGGCGCUAAGAACACCGAGAAAGCAC